UUAAAUUGGGUGAUUUAAUUAUUGUAUUGAUGGAAUUUUCAAAAUAAAUGUGUUGAUUGUGAUGGAGAAGGAGUAUGACGAGAAGAAGUAUAUAGAGUUGGAUUUGGAUAAAUUUUUCAGAGAAAAUGACGAAUUUAACAUGCUUAAGACUCUCCAAGAAAUGUAUGUGUCCUCAUACAAGUUGGAGCUUGAAAUUAAGCCGAUGGUCACCAACGAAAUCGAUUCGGUUCUUCUGUGUGUUGAUACAAUUCUGAAAAUGUGCAAUCUAAUCAAAGAUUCCAAAAAUAAUAUUAAUCUGAUAGUUGAUAUGCUAAAUAAUUUUAAAUAUGAUGAAUCCUUUAAGGAAUCAUUGGAUAAAUAUAACAGUUUCAAUGUAAAGGACACUAAUUCAUCAGAAAAUACCAUAAAUAGUAUAAAUAACUGGAUGAAUGACUAUCACAGUGAUGUAAUAAUUGAUAAUUUAUAUAAUUCAGAUUUAAAAUUGGAAUCUCUUAACUUGACUCCAGAUGCGGAAUUGACAAGGUUAAAUUCUAAUCUGAAUACCGUGAUAUUGGAUCAUUUGCAGGAUUUAUCAAUGAAAAAUUAUAAAUUUUUGAAUGAAAAUGAACUUUUAAAGUCAUAUGAGUUACUUUUUGUUAAAAUACCGUUUUUAACAAAAUUAGUAUCACAUUUUGAUGAUGGAGAAGUAAAUAAUUUAAAGGAUGACUUUUCAAAAUAUAAAGAAAUAAUCCAAGAUUCCAUUACUUUGUGUGAAUUUUAUAAAAAAAAGUUAAAAUCGCAUUGUUUCAACAAUUUGAGCUCUAAUUCAGUUGGAACAGUAUUACAAGCAGUGAGUGUGUUAUUAUUACUUGAUGGUAAAGGAUUGGAAAAUGUUAACUGUAUAAUGAAUAAGAGGUUGGAACUGUUUAAAAUCGCAACUAAUUCGUUGAGUAUUGGGUUGGAAUCUUCAUUAAUCUCACUCUUCUCGCACAUUCUGCUCAAUUAUAUCGUGUUCCACCAGUUGAACUCAUUUAAUAAGGAUUUGAGGGUUGAUGACUUGAGUAAAAUGUAUGAAAUUAUGUUACUUGACCAUUUUGGAACACACGAGUUGAGUGGACUUUUAAAUGUUAAAAAUAAAAUUUCGGAUGAAAUUAAUAAAUUUAAUGUUAAUUUUACGUAUUUCCCUAAAAACAGUUUUGAAAAUGUGAAAAAUACACUUUUUUCACUUCUAGAAGGUGGAUUUCAGAAGAGUUGUACCCAGAAAAUCUCCGCAAUAAUAUCGUCAAUAAAUGGUGCAGUUGAUAAUUAUAUGAAAAUCGAGUCAGAAUUGAGUAAUUUUUCUGAAUACUUUGAUGCUGAGCACUUCACUAAACACACAACUUAUGACGAGGAUAGGGUGAAGGAAUUGACUUUAUUCAGUGGUUCUUCUUCAAACUUGAGUAAAUUUAUAGGAGAGAAAGUUGAUUCAAUUGUUGAUAAGAUAAGAGCACAAGUAGUAAGGAAAGAGUUUAAAGGUGCAGAAUUAGACUCUUUAACAAUAUACUCAAUACAGGAAUAUAAUAAGAAGUUUAUAAGUUGGAUGGAGGAGAUUGGUUUAUUAAACUCGAUUCUACUGUUGAGUAAACUGAAUAAAACUGAAAAUAUGGAUAAAUUAUAUAAAGAAAUUGCAAAUUACUAUCUUAAUCCUUUAUUCUCAGGUGUUACUAAGACUAUUAACACACUGGUUGACCAACAAUCCCAAGAUAAAGAGGGACUGUAUAUGGUAUUAUUAAUGUUUGGAAUCGCAAAUUUGAAGAGUUAUGUAAACGAGAAGAAUAAAUAUGUAGAGUGUAGAUUUACAAGAAUGUUUGAGGAAUCCGGCCUGAAUAUGGCAAUAAAUUACUAUUUACAAUUUAAGGAGACAAAAAGACUGCCGUUGGUCCUAAAAGCCGAUGUUUCGCUCCUGUGUAUGUUGUGUGAAGAGAAGAAAAACAGGGGAAUUUUUAAGGAAAUCAAGUCAUACAACGAUAUUAAAUUGAUGGUUGAAGGUGUGGACGAAUUUGAAGAAGUGUACUCCCAGUUUAGGGGUCUGCUGUUGUGACACCAUACCCAUAGGGUAAGAGGUUCAGAGAA